AUGACAAUAUUUUUACCUCCUGAUGUCUUAAAGAAAAUAUUCCUAGAACUUCGAAAAGAUUCCUUAUCUUUACAUUCCUGUGCUCUCGUUAAUAGUUCUUGGUGUGAAACUGCAAUAUCGUAUUUAUGGUUUCAACCUUUUAAAUUAUUGGAGAAAUUACGUAGAAAUCAUCAGAAUGGUCAUAAUAAGAGAUCUUGGAAUGAGAGAGCAAAUUGUCUGAUUCAAAUAUAUGUCUCAUGCAUUCAAUAUCAAGAAAAGAUAAAUAUAUUUUCCACAGAAAGACAACGAACCACCAGACAACAAACGUGUAAUAGUAGUAAACCACCAACUUUUAAUUAUUUACAAUAUUUAAAACGUUUAGAUAUUGAAGAAUUCUCAAAUGCAAUUCUUGGAAUGGUAGAGGUAGAAAGUACUCAAGCAGCAAAACCCCAACGAUUGGGGUAUAAUAGAUUCAUAUCUGCUGCAGCCGCUGCCGCAGCAUCCUCUAAUAAUACCAGCAUUAGUUCAAAUAAAGCAAGGAUCUUUAACACAAAUAUACUUGGAAAGAUAUUGAGGAAUCAAUCAGUUGGUCUCAAAUCCUUAAGCAUUA